CGACCACCCUGUCCAGAAGCGAUUCCUAGGCGAAUCUGCAGCCAUUUUGGCUCAAGUCAUUCGGGCCCAAGCUAAGCCAGCCAGCGUGUUAGGCGAACCAGUUCAUCCGUGCCUCUGCCAUGGCAGCCCACCUCUCCUCCGCAGUCCUCGCGGCUUGCGCCCUCGCCGCCGCGCGCCUUGCUCUCGGCAACCGCAUACAGGCGGACCUGUCGAGCGACCUGGGCGCGGAUUUCAGCGCAAUCUCUUCGGAGUGGAUUCAGGUCGGCAUCAGCUCCGAAGGAGAGAACGAGCGGCGCGAGGGCUCCAAUGUGUCCACCUCGUGCAACGACGAGCAGUGCUCCAAGUGCUGCUGCCAGGACACCAGGGACGACUACAAGGACGACACCUCGGACGAGAUCGUCAAGAAGAGGAUCAAGGUCGCCACCCCCAACAACAAGGAGACCAAGGAGUGCAGGGGCAGCUCGUACGGGCUCUUCACGCUCGGCAAGUGCUUCGACGACUGCUCCAAGUGCAGCAGCCAGGCCCUCCAGAAGUGCGAGAGCCCCCCGGAGGACAUCUGCUGCCGCGUCGUGAAGCCCGGCGGCGAACAUUGGUCCGUGAUGCGCUUCCCGUGGUACGAGUCUCGCGGGAAAGACUGCGCAGCUGCGACCGGCCACAUCAUUGCGGAGGACCUUUGCAUGAACGCCUGCGAGACGCUCAAGAUCAACCGCAUGAUGUCUCAGACCUACAAGCCGACGUUCCGCACAGACCGACAGUUUGCCAGCAAGUACUGCCAGUAGGUUUGUGCAUCUAGCGUCACAUGUCGCCGCGGCGUCGAGAUGCUGCUUGUCUCGAUAGAGAAACGCGACUUUUCGCCCACUGCCUCGGCACUCUCUCCGGCCUUUCUCACUUUUGACGGUCCGCGCGGACCGACAGUUUGCCAGCAAGUACUGACAGUAGGCUUGUGCAUCCGGCGUCACAUGUCGCCGCGGCGUCGAAACAUUGCUUGUCUCGAUGGAGAAAAUAAAAGAUAAAAAACGAU